AUGUCAAAUAACACAAUUAGCAAUAUAAUUCGACUUAUUUCUUCAGAGAAAAAUGCUGAAAAUUUGUCAGUUACCUUCAUUUAUCAAGGCGUACCUUGCAACAUAGAAUUUCUACCUCCUGAAACUUAUUCUUAUAAAAAUGGGUCUCCAUUUAUUUUAUUUUGUGCGCAUAUGCAAAAAUUUUGCUUACAAGAAAGAGUUAUUGAGAGAAAUCAGAAUAUUAAAAAUGGAAUUAUUUCCAAACUUUCUUCUUGUGUCUGGAAACAAUUACCGAAAGAAUUUAAAAGGGAAUUUAAAAAAUAUUACAGCAAGAUAAAUAGACCCAGAACUUCUAAAAUUGUUAUCAGAGAUUAUAUUCGCGUCGCUGAGAAAAAAUUGACAAAGCUCCAUGAGAAACAUCAUUGUAGUGAGAGACUAAUCGCUAGUGAUAAUUCGACAAAUGAUAAUAUCAAUAACAUUUUUAAUAAUAAAAACAUAAGUUUGGAAGCCUUUUGCAAUAUGAUAACAGAUAGCACAUCAAAUGUAUGCAGUCUUGAGAAUGGAUUUGCUGGUUACGAAGAAGAGUCUGUGAUGAUCAAUCCUACAUGUCAUCCUUUGACAGCUUUAGAUGAAAUGAUGCAUGAUAUAGAAUAUGUUCAAGAAUUGGAUUACCCAAUUAACAUAUUUGAUUUUAGAGCAUAUGAAAGUGUCUCGUUAAUGACUAGGAUACCCACUCCGCUUUUAUACUCAACAAGUCAACCAUCAACGGCUUUAAACAGACAUGAAGUGCGUGGUAGUUCAGAAUUUGAUGUUAAUUUUAGAUUCAGUUAUGAGAUGCCACCGGCUCAUUUUCUUGAUUAUAGCCAAAAUAAAAAUAUUAAACAAGCGUGUAAUACAGAAUUUGGACUAGAAAUGCACAAUAUGGAGGUCUAUUCAAGAUUUAAUGGAGCUUUGGAUUUUUGUGCAUAUGACUUUCCAACAUUAAUUUCGCAAAAUAACGGCGAAUAA